CAAGAAGCUAGGAAAGAACCUGGUAUCAUGGGGCGUAGAGAUUGCAAACCCCAAACCCACGUACAAGAGGAGAUGCGAGUCAACCAAACAGACAAACGGAAACGCCGGCUCUUGCCUGAGUGACAGGAAAGGCAACCAAUGCAAAGGCGAGUUCCCUUUCCAAAAUUCGCCGGCAGCCAAUGGGACCAACGCAUCAAGUUUGGUUGUUCCCUAGCCGCUGUGCUGAGCCUGUUGUAGUGAGACAGAGUGGCCAGUGCGGGCGGCGAUGUGACGGAAAGUUGGCUUGUUCUUUAUAGCGGCUACCGCGUCCCCCGGAGGUAGCUCUAGGCGGGCAUCAGCGGGACCGAGUCUCCCGUGGAAACUGCUUGGUCUAUUCGGUCCCUCCUCUUAUACUUUCGCUGCUGAUAAGGGGUACCCCGAAUGCCAGCCAUGAUCGAGAAAGGGGCAGAAGUAUCGGGCAAGAGAAGGGGCAGGAAUAAUGCUGCCAACAGCAAAAGUUUGGGCACGAGUGUGAAUGGCAGUAACUCGUGGGAGGAAGGCAGCUCGAGCUCCUCAAGCGAUGAUGAGCAGGGUGGUGGGGGCAUGCGGGUUGGCCUGCAGUUCCAAGCAGUAGUGCCUGAAUUUGACCAGGAAGUUGCCAAGACCUGCCAGGAACGAGAGAAUCUUGGCAUGUUGGUGUGGUCCCCAAAUCAGAAUCUCUCUGAGGCUAAAUUGGAUGAGUAUAUUUCAGUUGCAAAAGAGAAGCACGGCUACAACAUGGAGCAGGCUCUUGGCAUGCUGUUUUGGCAUAAACACAAUAUUGAAAAAUCAUUGGCAGACUUACCCAACUUUACCCCAUUCCCAGAUGAAUGGACUGUGGAAGACAAGGUUUUAUUUGAGCAGGCUUUCAGCUUCCACGGGAAAACGUUUCAUCGCAUCCAGCAAAUGCUCCCUGAUAAAUCUAUUGCAAGUCUUGUAAAGUUCUACUAUUCAUGGAAAAAGACUAGGUCUAAAACUAGUGUGAUGGAUCGACAUGCUCGCAAACAAAAACGGGAGCGAGAAGGAAGUGGCGAUGAAAUAGAGGAAGCCAAUGGUGCUAAUCCAGUGGAUAUUGAGAUUGAACAGCCAAAAGAAGCAAAGAAAGAGGUUCCAAAACCAGACACUUCUCCUCAUAUAAAAAAAGAGAAGCAUCCAUCGCAAGCAAAGAACCGUGCAAAGAGAAAACCCCCAAAAGGCAUGUUUCUUUCCCAAGAAGAUGUUCAAGCUGUAUCGGCCAAUGCAAACGCUGCGACUACUGUUCUCCGACAUCUAGAUAUGGAACUGGUCUCGAUAAAGAGACAGAUUCAAAAUAUCAAGCAAACAAAUAGUUCUCUCAAGGAAAAUCUUCAGGGAGGAAUAGAUGAAUACAGAAUUCAAGAGGUCAGUCAGAAGUUAAAUGCUCGUUGGACAACAGAGGAGCAACUUUUGGCAGUGCAAGCAAUCCGAAAGUAUGGGCGGGAUUUUCAAGCUAUCUCAGAUGUUAUUGGAAAUAAAUCUGUGGUGCAAGUCAAAAAUUUUUUUGUGAAUUACCGGCGACGCUUCAACAUAGAUCAAGUUUUACAAGAGUGGGAGGCAGAACACGGGAAAACUGAGGAAAAUGGAGACUGUACUCAGAAAACUGUAAAGUUACCAGAAACUGCUAUUAAAAUGUCAGAUGAGGAAGAAGAGGCUUCACUCCUUGACAUCAGAUACGCAUCUGCGUCUUGAGGAAAACCAAGAACUAUUAGUGCUGACUACUUAGGUUUCCCGGGUUAUCAGGUAUUACCAAACCUCAGACAGCCGCCUGCAUCAUGCUUGUGGACAAGCAGCUAUUUACCAAAAAAGGCAAAUACUUCCAGCCCUACUGUACAUCUGCCUUAAUACUGUCCAGUAUCCACACACUCUUCAUUCUCAUCCAUGAAGCCAGAGAUGGAUUUAACAGUCGAUCAUCUCCAGGCUCUGCAGCACGAUGACCUGAAGCCUGUAAAUACCUCUAAUGCCCCUGCCUCUGCAGCUGCCAGUGAUUGAGCUGUAUUAAUGCUGUAUGCAUGAACUUGUGAAUUUUCCUUUUUUUGCUUUGAAUGUUGCAUAAUUAGUUUAGCAUUGAGAACUUCCUGUAUAUGGAGGGCAACCCUCUUUUUCUCUCUCCAGCUAUCAGUAUAAUGUGCAACUGAAACUUAAGAUUUGCUGGACCAUCUCACUCAAGAAUGUGCAUCUGGGAUCUGUUAAAUUGUAUCUAUUCACUAUACCUGCAUUUCAUGUUUCUUGUUGCCGUGACUCUUCUUCCCCUUCUUUUUGUCUGUAAUCAGUUUAGGAAUUUGACUAUGAAAUUUUAGGGAUUUGAUGUAUGCGAGCAAAUUUGUCUACCUUUGAUUGAUUAGCAGAAAUGAACCUUUAAAUUACACAUUCAGAAUCUUUUCCUGUGCAGGAUACAGGAGCAGACCUGCUAACCUUCAGCUAUUGAACUACAACACUUUAACCGCUGAAAAUGAAUUAGAGUUGUAGUUCGACAAGAGCUUUAUGGAGCAGGUGUGGAACACCCUCUGUUUUAGGGAUUGUAUUGAUACUUAAAUUACUAGCUUUUUAAAAGUUAUUUGAAGUGGACAGUUCCACUGAUAGCAUUGCUGUCAGCUAGGCCACUAUAAGGAGAUCUGUAAUUUAUAAAGCAAUCUUUAUCCCCAGGGAUUAUAUUUCAUGACAUUUUUUUAUUAUUUUGUACAAAUUCUCUCAUUAGGUCAGGAGGCCUUAUAGUCUGGUUUACGUGUGCCUUGUAAAGGUAGCCAGUUUCGCCUCUAAUAAAGGCUCUUCUCAGGGGUAUUGCAUCUAGUUUUGGUAGUCAUAGCUAUGAAUGAUCAUAUAGAUGAGCAGAGUGUUCCUCACAGUAAAAGGGAAACAUGAAUAUCUGAAUCAUAUUUCCUGCAUUCCGAAAUGCCAUAAUCCAGGCAAGCCAUCAACCCCUAGGCCCACUUCAUUAUAGAGAAUAUAUAUAAACACUGGCUUAUGUAUAGGCCAUCAAAUUCUGAUUUGUUUUUAAAUGAGGGCUCCUUUUCCAGCAUAGGAACAUAUAUAGACACAUAAUACUGGCAUAGUCCUAUCUAAUGUAGUAUCUCUCAUAUACACUAAAAAUACAGCUUAGCACAUUUUUUUUCAAGCACAGACCUUUAGCAUCACUGGCUGGAACUAAAGUUUUCCACUCCAUAUGUUGCCAGGCUUUGAUAGUUUUGAAAUCAUGUGUACUUUAGUUUUCUAAGCCAUACUACCCAGCCCUCCAAUGUAAAGCAGUACUGUAUAGUUUUGCACCCUUUCAAUUGCAGAAGGGCAGUAGGUGGUGGUAAGCAUGAGCUGCGCUACAUUGCAUGCCAAACCAGUCCCUUUAUUAGAUAUCAGUAUCAUUUUUAAAUGGUUCUCUGCAUUUAUCUAUACAUACAGGUUACAAUUCCUUUGUGACAGAUCACCAUUAGGGAAAACAAAUUCUGAGCCAUUUAUGUCCAUAAAAAUUGCUCUUUGUACAAUUUUCUGGAAAUACCUUAUCAGUAGACUGUGUCUAUUUCUUGCCUGCAGUGUGCGCACUUGUCUUCUAUGUGCCUUCACCCCUUUUACUUGCUAGAAGUGCUAGAUACUUUAAUUUAUUAUUAAGCUUGAUUUUUUUCCCCUCUAGAAAAAUGUAUUCCAACAUUCCCCCCUUUUUUUAAAAAAAUGUUUUUAAUGUAAAUUAAAAUAGAAAAUAUAUGAUUUUAUUUACAAUUUUAUUUUACACACAUUUUGUUGCAUGAAAAUGUAAUUCAUAGGGUGUUGCACCUUUAAGGAAUGGAUCCUUUGCUUAAUUAAAAACAAAAUGGUUCAAAUAACCAAAUAUCAGUUUGCGGGGAAGUGUAAACUAUGGGAUCUAGAAAAGCCAGCUCUGCAUUUAAACAAAAUGUGCAUCCACAUCUGACUUAUUCACCUACUUACCAAUGGAUAAUGAUAGACUUCAUAGCACUUGCCAACAGUAUUGAUCGUUUAAAAACAUACAUUUCCAGCAGAAAAAAUAAAAUGAGAACUUGUUGAAGCUUUUACUAUCUGAUUUUAAAGGGAACAUUUACCCUCUUAUAACAAUGUAAAAUUUGCUCAUUUUCUGAGCACUUUUGCAACCUAUAUUUUUUAAAGUGGACCCAUUGUGUAAAAAAAAAAAAAAAAAAAAAAAAGAAUGCACCAUUGCAUAUUCUCCUAAAUAUAGAGGGAAUGGGCUUUAAAAAAAAAAAAUGUUAGUGGCUGAUUUAUUGAAAAUUUCUUCAAAAACCUAGUAGUCCCACCCAUCUGUUUCACUUUUUUUCCCCCAGGCUGUGCAGGGGAGGCGGCGGCACACAGCACUGUAGUAUAGGAACCAAUCCGCAGCUUGGCUGACCUGAUAGGGAACUGAAGCCUGUCUUGUGACUGCAGGGCUGUGAUUGGCUAUCCCUUUCCUACUGUGCUUCUGGCAGAGGCCAUUAGGACACAACCAAGCCUCAUUGAAAAACACAGACGGGGCAAGUUUUAAAGAUUAUGAUUGAAGCUGGCACAAUAUAUUAUUAAUUGUUGCCUGAAUUAUGCAAUAUAUCUCCUUUAAAACUGAUUUCAACCUGAUGACUUUGCCCCUCUAGACUAACUUGGCAGCUUAUUGACCCAUGUAUUGUUGCACCUGGGGCCUUGUGAGAUUUAUAAAUCUCCCUGAUAAUUAUCUGAUUUGUGCAAGAGCCCACCACACUGUUUGGCUGGUAGAUUGCCUUAUUCUUAUUGUGACAAUAUUAACUGAAUAUCUUGGCAUAUAUGACACUGAGUCGUGUAGUUCUGACUUACCAUUUUGCACUUGGACUGCAGAUGGUAUAUUUAAACUGAAUUUCCAUCUGCUGAUGUAUCAUCUUGGUACAUAGCCUCAUAGUAUAGUCAUCUGGGCUUUCCCCUCAAAGAAAUGCAAAAAUGUUACUUGACUCUUGUCUGACCAUUUGGAUCCCUGGCCCAUAUUUGGUCGCAGUAAGCAAUCUAUGGCUCUUCAGGAUAUUUUUCCUACAAUUGCACAAUACAACAUAUAUGUAGUAUAGAGGCCUUUUGGUUUUUAUUUUUUUUUUUUUUUUAUAUAAUGAAGUCUGAAGGCCAUAUCUUGCCCCAAUCUAGUGCAACUAUUGCACUCCAUGGUCUGGUAUCUGAGUAUAUUGAGCUUUAGGCUAACACAAGUCUAUAGAACAGGGCAAAGGUGGAAGUGAAAUCUGUUAAAAAAAAAAAAAAAAAAAAAAAAAAAACCAUGAUACCCAUGAAAAGCUGAAUACAGGGUUCUUAAUAGCUGAUGGCUACCAUUUGUUUCAUGCUAUUGCUUUGUUUCCUUUGUUACUCCCUUAAUGUCAGAGAGGGUGCAGCCUCUAGUCCUGGAACAUGCAGCCUGUGACUAAACUACAGCAGACUAAAGUCCCAGCAUCAGCCAUUGAUAUUAGCUAGAUGCUUGGAGUUGUAUAUCGUCAGCUGGUCAGUCCCUGAUCUAUUCCCUUAAUUUAUGUACAUUUAUAUUUGUUUGUUGGAGAUAUUUGUGUUUGGUUUGCAUUUCAGUGAAAUGAGGGUUCAUAGAUCUUUGCCUAAUAUAUUCAUCAUUUUUAUUGUGACAAUUAUCAAUGUGAAUGUUUCAAAUUAUAUAUUUUGGUGAAAGCAGGAAUGUAUUUCUCAUAGCUAUAUAAUAAGUUAUUGUGCAAGAUAUGAUUAUAGCUUAGGCUACCAAUAGUUUUUCUUGGCUUAGUAAUAGAUUUUUGUAAAAUAUAACUGAAAUUGUAUUCCUUUUUUAAGUAUGUAUAUGUCCUUCCUAUCUAUCCUACUGAACUUUGUAUUUCCAUGCAUCAUGGAUGCAGUUGUUCAGUCUGCCUGUCUCUCCUGAAUGGACUGUAAUUGCAUUGUAUUUAAAUGGGAUGGGGCAACAUUCAGCCCUCCUACAACUCCCAGAAUACCUCUGGCAGCAGAAGGCUGCUGGGGUGCGUUAAAAAUGUGUUCAGUUAAUAAAAUAGCAUUACCAUAAGACCUCUUUUUAGAACUAU